AUGGACAUUGUUCCGGACAGUGUCGAUGAUGCAGAUGAUGGAGACGCGGUUUUUUCUUCGGAGGAGGGUUCGUCUGGGGCAGAUCCGGGGUUGGAGACGGAGAGCGCCAUGAGCGACGGCGAGGGCGACGAGGAGGCGAUGAUGAUGAAGGCGAUGGGGCUGCCCGCCGCGUUCGGCGCGCCGGCGUCGGGGCAGCGCGGCGCGGCGGCCAAGCGGCGCCGCGUCGACUCGCUGUUGCGUAACGCGGAGCUGGCGGAGGCCGUGCGCCUCCGGUGGGCGCAGGAGGCCGCCGCGGUGCUGGACGACGGGCUCCUCGCGCGCUUCUGCGCAGCGCUGCGGGGCGCGCUCGCCGGCGCCGGCGCGGGAGGGGAGCGCCGCGUGGAGACCAUUGGCGGGGGCGCGGGGACGCGCGACGGCGCGGGGGGGUCGGCGGAGGCGCCGCUGGACACCGCGGGGGAGGGGACGCCGGAGGGGCUCUCCGACUGGGUGCACGGCGCGGCGGUCGGCGUGCUCAGCCGCGCGCAGAGGUCCCCGGGGGAGUCCCCGUCAGUGCCCCUGCUCGUGGGCGUGGCGCGCAAGGCGCGCGGGACGCUGACGCAGUGGCUGUCUGCCCCGGAGUCCGUGGCAGCCGCUCGCACGGACGCGGACGGCGCGCUGGGGACCGUGGCGAGCGACCUGUCGCGCGCGCUGCCACAGGCCGGGGCGGCCGGGGUGCCGACUGCGGCGCAGCUCGCGGAGCUGGCCGGGGAGGCGGCCGCGCUGGCGCUGUACAUCCCCACGGCCAGCGCGCUCGUGUGUCCGUUGAUCGCGGAGGCCGCCGGGGGCCCCGGCGCGGCCCCGGGGCGCGACGCGGCCCGCGCGCUGACGCUGCUGGCGGGCGUGGGGUGGUUCCGUCCGACGCGUGCGCUGCUGCCGGCGCGCGUGCACAAGUACCACUACCGGCGGUACUGGCUGUUCAGCCGCUUCGACGAGGGCUGCGCGCUGGACGAGGAGGGUUGGUUUUCCGUCACGCCAGAACCCGUGGCCAAACACCACGCGCGGCGGUGCGCGUGCCGCGUCGCCGUCGACGCGUUCGCAGGCGUCGGCGGCAACGCGAUCCACCUCGCGCGGACGUGCGAGAGCGUCGUGGCUAUCGACCGGAGCGCGGGCCGCCUCGCGAUGGCCGUGCACAACGCCCACAUCUACGGCGUCGGCGCCGCCAUCCAGCCCCUCUGCCAAGACGUCCGCGAGGCACUGCCGCGCCUCGCCGGCGCCGCGGACGUGGUCUUCCUGUCGCCGCCGUGGGGCGGGCCGGAGGUGGUGUCCUCCGACGAGCCGUACGACGUCUCCGGGCCCGACAUGGGGGGGUCUGGGUUGUCGCUGCCCGCACUGCUGAGGGAGGCAGCGGCGUGCGUGCGGCCGCCGCGGGAGCGGCAGGGCGACGCGUGGGGCGUCACGGUCUUCCUACCGAGGAACACGGAGCUUUCGAGCGUCGUGGCCGCGGUCAAGCAGGCCGGCCUCGAGAGCUGGAUGUGCCCCGGCGGCGCUCUCGAGGUCCAGGAGAGCUGGGUGGGGCCGAGCGCCGAGGGUGCCGCAGGCGCAGAGGGGGUGCGCCUCAAGGCGGUCACCGUGUACCUCGGGGGUCUCGCCGCGCGCGGCGAUGCCUCGGGCGUAUCUGCCAGAGGGUGA